CAUAUGCUACUGCCUAUUGUUAUUACAACGCCAACUGAUACUUGAAUGUCCACUUCUGAUCUAAGGCCAUGGAACCAAAAGUAGACUUCCGGGACAGUAACAAAGCUGAAGGUGAGACGAAGGACAUAGAGAAGAUAGAGAAUGAAAAGAAAAAGAAGCUUGGAGGCAUUAAAACACUGCCAUUCAUACUUGCAACCGAAGUAUGUGAUAGAUUCGCCACUGUUGGUUUUCACGCCAACAUGAUAACGUACCUAACAAAGCAGCUUAACAUGCCGUUAGUGAAGGCAUCCAACACCAUCACCAAUCUCGACGGAACUGCUAGCUUGACACCGUUGAUCGGUGCUUUGAUUGCCGACUCUUUCGCUGGACGAUUUUGGACCAUUGCUGUUGGCUCUCUUAUCUAUGAAUUGGGAUUGAUUACCAUUACAACAACAGCCCUAAUCAAAUCCCUCCACCCUCCACCAUGUCCAACUCUAGUGAACUGCCAAGAAGCUUCAACCUUCCAAGUGGGAAUCCUCUACUUGUCUCUCCUCUUAAUAUCUCUUGGCCUGGGUGGCAUCAGGCCUUGUGUUGUUACCUUCGCAGCAGACCAAUUGGAGAUGGACAAAUCAAGCAUUGCAUCUCGAACCUGGAAUUUUUUCAAUUGGUACUAUUUUAGCAUGGGAAUAGCUAGACUUGCCGCGUUAAGCAUUGUUGUUUAUGUUCAAGACAAUGUGGGCUGGGGCUGGGGCCUUGGAAUCCCAACAAUUGCCUUGGCUUUAUCGUUUGUAGCAUUUGUUAGUGGCUCUCCACUGUAUAGGAAAAUGCAAGCAGGAGGAAGCCCAAUUGUCAGACUGAGUCAGGUGAUAGUUUCAGCUGUAAGAAAGAGAAAAGCCCAAGUGCCAGAAGACUCGAGCCUCUUGUACCAGAAUGAACAACUUGAUGCUGUUAUUUCUGUGCAUGGAAAGCUUUUGCACACCAAUCAGUUCAAAUGGAUUGACAAGGCUGCAGUAGUAGAAGAAGGCAAGGCAACAGAUUCAAAUCCACCAAAUCUUUGGAAGUUGGCCACAGUUCAUAGAGUUGAGGAGCUUAAGUCAUUUAUCAGAUUUUUACCCAUUUGGGCAGCAGGAAUAUUAUUUGUUACUGCUAAUUCCCAUAAUAGCAGUUUCGUUAUACAACAAGCACGCACUAUGGAUUGUCACCUAUCUCCAACCUUCCAAAUACCACCAGCUAGUUUAUCUAUCUUUAGCAACUUAACCCUCGUCACAGGCCUCAUUUUGUAUGAACGCAUGCUCGUCCCCUUUGCUCGGAGAUUCACUAGAAACCCCUCCGGUAUCUCUUGCCUACAAAGAAUGGGCAUCGGCCUCAUGGUUAACAUUUUUCAAACCAUUAUUUCAGCAUUGACAGAGAUGAAGAGAAAAAGGGUAGCAGCUAAGUAUAAUCUGUUGGAUGAUCCUAAAGCUAUAAUACCCAUUAGUGUUUUUUGGUUGGUUCCUCAAUUUUUCCUUCACGGAAUAGCAGAAGUGUUCACGACGGUUGGACAGACAGAAUUUCUUUACGAUCAAUCACCUGAAAGCAUGAGAAGCAUUGGUAUUGGGCUUUAUUGGAUGGCAAAUUCUCUAGGAAAUUAUUUAGGUACACUUCUGGUAUCACUAGUUCAUAAGUAUAGUUCUAACCAGACAAACAACUGGUUGCCUGAUAGAAACCUAAAUAGGGGGAAAUUGGACUAUUACUAUUGGCUUGUCACUUGUAUUCAAGUUCUUAAUAUUCUUUAUUAUGUAAUUUGUUCUUGGUUCUAUACUAGCAAACGCUUGGAAGAGGCCAAGGAAGAAGAUACUCAAGUAGCUAAAGAAGAUAUCAAGAAUGGAGAGGUACAGCUUGCUGCUAUAAGUUAGUUUAUAACUCUUGUUGUAAUUAAUUUGAUUUGGAAUGUGUUAGAUCCAGACGCUCUUGAUGUUGUUGGCAUUA